AUGUUACGUCGAACCAUAUUGAUACAUUUCCCAAGGAGAUUUGUUAGCAUUAGUACUGGAGCUAAAAAUUCUUCAACAUUACUAAGGGCCCAGUUGGAUUUGAAUGAUAUUACUUCACGACCUGAAUUAUAUAGAGAGUCUAUACGGAGAAGGCUCUUGCCUGAAGAAUUGGUCCAUGACUUAGAUUUCAUUGUACAAAAUCGACCGAAACAAGCACAAAACUUUUCAAAGAUAAAUGCCUUGAAACGAGAAAGGAGAAGCUUGGAGGAGAUGUUGAAAACCAAAUCAUUGGAACAUGAUGGAAAGACCAAGCUAAAAGAAAUCAAAAGUGAAUUGCAACUUUUGGAAAGAGAGCUGAGGGACAUGCAGGAGGAGAUUUAUAAAAGAGCAGAGAGAUUGCCUAACUUACUUGAUGAAACAGUCCCCGCGCUAACUAAACAAGAGGAGCUUAUAGAAUAUAUAAAUUUGGAUCCCAAAGAAGUGGAAGGCUUAACCACUAGCAAAGACCAUAAGCAAAUUGGAGAAAACCUAGGGAUAGUUGAUUUUUCAACAGCAUCAAGGGUCUCUGGACCCUCGUGGUAUUAUCUUAUUGGGGAUGGAGCGCUUCUAGAACAGGCUUUGGUUCAGUAUGCGUUGUCGCAGGCACGUAUGCGCGGUUAUAAAAUGGUUGCACCGCCAUCAAUGAUCAAGUCAGAGGUUGUUUAUGCUUGUGGUUUCAAACCUAACGAUCAAAAUAAUGAAAAACAGGUGUACCAGAUCGAAGGCGAACCUUUAUCGCUAACGGGAACAGCUGAGAUACCUUUAGGCGCAUUGCAUUCGUCUACAGUGUUCCCACCGCAUACAAAAUUUCCUCUAAAAUAUUGUGGUGUUUCCAGAUCUUACAGAGCGGAAGCAGGUGCAAGUGGGAAAGACACAAGGGGACUCUAUAGAGUCCACGAGUUUACCAAAGUUGAAUUGUUUCACUUUACUGUGCUGGAGAAUUCAAGAACAGAACUUGAGGAGAUAAAGAAUUUUCAAGUUGAUAUUGUGAAAUGUUUGGGUAUCAAGGCGAGGUUGCUCAACAUGCCAACCUCUGACUUGGGCGCUCCUGCUAUGAAGAAAUACGACAUUGAAGCAUGGAUGCCCGGUAGAGGCUCUUGGGGUGAAAUCACAAGUUCGUCCAAUUGCGGCGAGUAUCAGUCGCGAAGAUUAGGAAUACGCUAUAACAAAGAUGACAAAGUUCAACACGUAACUACUUUAAAUGGUACGUGUUUGGCUGUUCCAAGAGUUAUUGUUGCCCUCCUUGAACAAAAUUACGAUCCUGUUAAAAACGUAGUUCACAUACCAGAUGUUUUGAAGCCAUAUAUGGACAGUAAAAAGGUGAUAUGUAAAAAUUAA